UGUUUGUGCAGUGCAUGCUGGGUGAGUGGCUCUGAGCAGUGGGCGUGCACAGUGACAGAACAACUGGUUGGAUGAGUUUUGGGAACUGAAUGAACAGGCUGCAGCAGAGAGGUGUGCUCACACAGAGAUCAUGACGGCAGCAGAGCCCAGCCCUCUGACCACUCACGUGCUGAACACAGGAGACGGCGUCCCGGCAGCCAGAAUGGCCCUCAGCUUGCACCGGCUCGACUCCAAACUGAUAAUCUGGAACAUGCUGAGUGUCGGGACAACAAACGAAGACGGACGCUGCUCGGGACUCAUCAGCCGAGAAGCUUUCAGCCCCGGCAUGUACAAGCUGCGCUUUGAGACGGGUUCAUACUGGGACAAUCUGGGUCAGACAUCCUUUUACCCAUAUGUAGAGGUUGUGUUUACCAUCACUGACCCUGAGCAGAGAUUCCAUCUCCCUCUGCUGAUGAGUCGGUUCUCCUACAGCACCUACAGAGGAAGCUGAGAGCUCUGAGGACGACCAGCUGCAGCCUCAGCACUCUGCAAUCAGACAGACAGACAAACAAACAGACAGACAGACAGACAGACAGACAGACAAACUGAAAGAGAGACAGAGACAGAGGAGAUUUAUUUACAUGAAUCUAUGCAGUCUAUUUUUUUUUUUUUUUUGUCUUUGGCAUAAUUCUACAUUUUUGUAAAUAUACAUCAGUUGAUUUACAAAUGUUAUUUUGUGAAAUAUUCCUUUAACACUUCACUUUGAUCCACUUAAGAUGAGAUUAAGUUGUUUUAGAGUUACUUAUUAAAUGUAUAUUUAACAUA